GCGGUAAAAGCCAUAAACUCCAAGGCUGAGGUGGUGCGGGCCCAGGCGGCCUUGGCAGUCAAUAUAUGCGCCGCCCGAGGGCUGCAGGAUGUGCUGCGGACCAACUUGCGUCCUAAAGGAACCAUGAAAAUGCUUGUUUCUGGUGCAGGAGACAUCAAACUCACCAAAGAUGGCAACGUACUGCUUCAUGAGAUGAGCCUGCACCCUAGAAUAAUAGCUGAAGGAUUUGAAGUUGCAAAAAUAAAGGCACUUGAAGUUUUGGAACAAGUUAAAAUUAAAAAAGAGAUGAAAAGAGAAAUCCUCUUAGAUGUGGCUAGGACAUCUCUACAAACUAAAGUUCAUCCUCAACUGGCUGAUGUGUUAACAGAGGCUGUGGUGGAUUCUGUUUUGGCUAUUAGAAGACUGGGUUAUCCUAUUGACCUCUUCAUGGUAGAGAUCAUGGAGAUGAAGCAUAAAUCAGAAACAGAUACAAAGUUGAUCAGAGGAUUAGUUUUGGAUCAUGGUGCCCGUCAUCUAGAUAUGAGGAAGCGAGUACAAGAUGCAUUUAUCCUUACUUGAUCACUAGAAUAUGAAAAAACGUACAUAUGUCAAGGUGAGCUCUGGUUUCUUUAUAAGACUGCAGAAGAGAAAGAGAAAUUGGUAAAAGCUGAAAGAAAAUUUAUUGAUGAUAGAGUACAAAAAAUAAUAGACCUGGAAGACAAAGUCUGUGCUCAGUCCAAUAAAGGAUUUUUCAUUAAUCAAAAGGGAAUUGAUCCAUUUUCCUUAGAUGCUCUUAAAAAACAUGGCAUAGUAGCUCUUCGUAGAGCAAAAACAAGAAAUAUGGAAAGACUCUGUCUUGCUUGUGGUGGAAUGGCUGUGAAUUCUCUUGAAGACCUCAGUAUAGAUUGCUUGGGACAUGCUGGUCUUGUACAUGAGUAUACAUCAGAUGAGGAAAAAUACACUUUUAUUGAGGACUGUGUUUACCCUCUCUCUGUCACCUUGUUGGUUAAAGGACCAAAUAAGCAUACUCUCACACAAAUCAAGGUUGCGGUAAGGGAUGGUCUUCAUGCCAUCAAAAGUGCCACUGAAGAUGGUUGUGUGGUUCCAGGAGCGGGUGCAGUUGAAGUGGCAAUAGCUGAAGCUCUAGUUACAUACAGGCACAGUAUAAAAGGAAGAGCUCGUCUUGGAGUCCAAGCUUUUGCUGAUGCUUUACUCAUUAUCCCUAAGGUUCUUGCUCAGAAUUCUGGUUAUGACCUGCAGGAAACACUAGUAAAAGUUCAGGUUGAGCAUUCAGAAUCAAAACAACCUGUUGGAAUAGAUUUGAAUACAGGUGAGCCAAUGGUAGCAGCAGAUGCAGGAGUUUGGGAUAAUUAUUGUGUGAAAAAACAACUUCUUCACUCUUGCACAGUGAUUGCCACCAACGUUCUCCUGGUUGAUGAAAUUAUGCGAGCUGGUAUGUCUUCUCUCAAAGGGUGAUUGAGUUCAAAAUAAACUCUUCUAGAAGCUGAGACUUAGCACAUCUUACAUCCAACUACCAUUAUAGAGCCUGAGCCAUUCUUAAUUUUUACACAAUAAAUGCAGUUUAUAUUUG